AUGGUGUUAUGCGGUAAGCCAAAUGGGAAAGGAUGGGAAUGUGGGGAAGUUGUGAAAAAUGGCAACAUAAUGUGUGAAGAUCAUCUUUUCGAUCUACAAAACGAGGCGGUUUGGACAACCAACAAGAAAUCACCGCCCGUUUCAAGGUCCACGACGGGGUCUGCAGGGUCACGACCCCGUCGUGUCAAGAAACGAGCUGCCGCGAUCACGUCAAACCCGAAUGAGUUUUAUUACUAUUCGGGGUUUGGUCCAUCAUGGGGCAAGAAAAGAGGACCUGUCGGAAACAAAUGUACAACUUUCAAUGCAUGUGAUGUUGUUACCACUAAUGGCAGUAAUGAUUGCGAAACGAGUGGUGUGGAUGGUGACGUGGGUGUAGAAGAGGAGGAAAAAUGGGUCGAACCUGAUACGACCAUGAUAAAAGAAUUAUCAUGGUCGUGUGAGGCGGGACCCACAAAAGAAGAUGUAGAUUAUAUGGACGAAGAGGAAGGGAAAGUGGUGAAAAAAAGAGGGAGAAAGCCCAUCAAGGCUCGAUCUUUGAAGUCGUUGAUGUAA